UUCCAUACUUUUAAAAUGGUUUUUCUUGCUGGCAUGCUACAGGUUGAGAAUUAAACAUUUUUCAUCAAUUUCAACCCAGCCUGGGUAAAAAAACACAUUUACAAGAUGUCUCUGGCACACUUGAAUUCAGCUAACCAGACUUCACAAGCCUCGGUCAAUAUUACGGAACAACUGAGAUCCAUCACUGACAACGAUAUUGUAGAUCAAGGAUGGAAUGAAGAUUCCUUUCCAGGAUUAGAAAUACUGUGCACAAUUUAUGUUACAUAUGCUGUGAUCAUUUCAGUGGGUCUCCUUGGGAAUGCUAUUCUCAUCAAAGUCUUUUUCAAGAUUAAAUCAAUGCAGACGAUUCCAAACAUUUUCAUAACCAGCUUAGCUUUUGGAGACCUGCUGCUUUUGUUAACCUGUGUGCCAGUAGAUGCAACACGUUAUAUUGUGGAUACCUGGCUCUUCGGAAGAAUUGGCUGCAAGCUGUUAUCUUUUAUCCAGCUCACUUCAGUUGGAGUAUCAGUGUUCACUUUAACUGUUCUCAGUGCUGACAGGUACAGAGCUAUUGUCAAGCCCAUGGAACUGCAAACAUCAGAUGCACUGCUGAAGACCUGUUGUAAAGCUGGCUGUGUUUGGAUUAUCUCCAUGAUAUUUGCUAUCCCAGAGGCUGUAUUUUCUGAUUUAUAUUCGUUCAACAAUCCUGAAAAAAACAUAUCUUUUGAAGCAUGUGCCCCUUAUCCUGUAUCUGAGAAAAUACUGCAAGAAGUUCACUCUCUGGUGUGCUUCUUGGUAUUCUAUAUUAUACCAUUAGGUGUAAUUUCAGUCUAUUAUUUUCUUAUUGCCAAAACACUGUACAAAAGUACGUGCAACAUGCCAGCUGAAGAACAUGGCCAUGCCCGUAAACAGAUUGAAUCUCGCAAGAGAGUGGCAAAAACAGUGCUGGUGCUAGUUGGUUUGUUUGCCUUCUGCUGGCUGCCUAACCACAUUCUCUAUUUGUAUCGAUCUUUCACCUACCACUCCUCUGUAGAUGCCUCUGCCUUUCAUCUUAUAGUCACUAUUUUCUCCCGGGCUCUGGCCUUCAGCAAUUCCUGUGUCAAUCCCUUUGCUCUUUAUUGGCUGAGUAAAAGUUUCCGGCAACAUUUUAAAAAGCAAAUUUUGUGUUGCAAGGCAAAGCUUCCUGCACGGCCUCCCGGCAACACACCUACCAGAGCCUUUUCAGCCACAGGCAGCACAAACGGCUCAGAAAUCAGUGUUACUUUGCUAACAGAUUAUAGUAUCACAAAAGAAGAGGAGAGUGUUUAGUUCUUCGAUAAUGAAGACAUGCCAGCAUCAUGCAUUUCCCAAGAUUCUAGUGCACCGGAACCCUUCUAGAAGCUUCAAGUAAACAAAAUAUCGAAUCCUUUAUACUGUAUGUAAAAGCAUCUUCAGCAAGAGUUCUUCACACUUGAAAUUAUAAAAUGGAGAAAUCAUCCCAGUGUGUGUGUGGAAAAGAAGAAACACAACUGGUGCAAGUUCAGUCAAGAGGGUAGAGCCUAUUCCCAGGGAAUGUUAUGCAUCCUUUCCAUAUGCCUGAGGUUUCUGCAUGAAGCUGACAAAGUUAAACUCAGUCAAACAAAGUUAAACUCAUCUGAGCUGCAGGAAUAUUUUUGUACUGGCUUUGUAUUUGGAGAAUUAGAAUUGUUCUUAUGCUCUUGGCCACAGAGUAGUAACAAUGAGCACUGCCUUUUGUUGAGCACCUAUGUUGUCUUUGAUGUUUUUAAAAAUAUAAGCAGCUUUCCACAGAAUGCCAAACCAGAGAGGUUUAUUAUUUUCUAUAAUCUGAAAUUAAAAUACUCUAGAAGUGGUAGGAUGAUGCAGAAACAGCAUUAAGCUGUGGUCUACACUACAAAUGCAUGUCAGUGUAAGUGUGUUGCCGAGGGGUGUGGAAAAUCCACAAAUCUCCCCCUGCUCUCCACACAACAGUUAUACUGACCUAGCUCCAAGCAUAGUCAACACAAUAUAAGCAAGAGGGCUUCUUCUGUCCACAUAGCUGGAGACCCUAUGCCACAUAGGUAGUGUUGCCACUAAGUGCUAAGGUGGCACAGCUGCAGUGCUAGAAGUAGAAACAAGCCCUAAGAAUCAACAGCUCUAGAUCCUAUUCCAUAGUCUGCCGUUGACUUGCUGUGUGAUUCUGGUCUGAGCUCCUACAGUCCUAAUUAAGUCCAUGGAAGUAGCAGGCACUCACAUGUGCUAAUGGGGAUAAUCAUACUUACCCACCUUUGUAAGGUAGGUUGAGAUCUAUAGGUUAAAACUUCCUAGAAGAGGACUAAGUAUUAAUUAGUAUUCUAUUGAUCAAAGGAGGAAAAAUCAAUCUGCCCUAGCAACGCGACAGUCCUAGAAUAGUUGCUGGGGGUUAGUUCACUUUAUAGUCAAUGUUAGAUUUUUGUUUUCCAGGUUAUUAGAAUAAAUUUAUUUCAUAGUGGAAGGUCCCCUUGCUCUCAAGACAACUGACAUUCUUGAAGAAAAUGGGGGGAAGGGCUUGCCAGACAAUAAUGACUGUAGAUGAAUAGUCUGCAUAGCACAGAAAAGCUCAACAGGAGUACUAGCAUAGGCAUUCUUCCCUCUCACGGAAUGCUGGGGAGCCAGUGUUCCUGUUCAGAGUUUCAAAAGUCCUGGGAAAUAGAUGUUUUAUGGACUUCUGACACCUGAGCUAGAAUUUUGCUUUACAGAAGAUAAGUGUAACAAGGGAGUUCUGCAGUACACCACUGAGAGUAUUAUUUCUGGGUGAACUGCUUAAAGACCAGGCUACUUACAGCCCAAGACUGAGGGUCCUCCACUAUAAGGCACACCAAUCCAGUCACAAAGAGCACGUCUGUUCCCCAUUGCUUCCCGCCACUCCCAUUGGCCAUGAUCUGUGGCCAACGAGAGCUGCCAUUGUCUCUGAUACUUGGAGGUGCAGGUAAACAUAGCUGUGACAGCCCAUCAGGGACUAGGAUCAUAGAACACUAGAACUGGAAGGGACCUCGAGAGGUCAUCAAGUCUAGUCCCCUGCCCUCAUGGCAGGACCAAAUGCUGUCUAGACCAUCCCUGAUAGAUGUCUGUCUAAUCUGCUCUUAAAUAUCUCCAGAGAUGGAGAUUCCACAGCCUCCCUAGGCAACUUACUCCAGUGUUUAACAACCCUGACAAUUAGGAAGUUUUUCCUAAUGACUAGGGCUGGCGGGCAUCCACUUUUUUACUGCUCACCACUAGUGUAGACAAUGAAUAUACAUUCUCUCUCUCUUGCUCUCUUUCUCUCUCUCUCUCCUUCUUUCCUGACCUCCUAAUACAGAAUAGCAAAACCAAACUCUGCAAAUCCUGGAGUCAUUCUAAUGAACCCCUUUUGGCUGCCUUAAACUAGUUCAAUGACUACUCAUCUAAACCCAUCAGACCUGACCUUAUUUCAGUGUAAUUCUGCAUGCUUUAUUCUGGAGCCUUCAAGCAUUAACUUUCAUAUGUCUACUACUCUCUUACACCAGGUUUACAUCACAGUAAUAUUACUGAAAUGAAUAGACAUAUACUGCCAUCAAAGUGCAAUUUUAUGGAGAAUAAGUCUCUUGAAUAUUCUCCUGCUCUCUAACUUGAUACAGGAAAUUCAGGGCAUUCCUGAAC